AUUUUCUGAAAUAUGACCGAGUGCAUUUGGUUGGGACAUGCCUGCUUCCUGAUUAAGACCAACGGGGUGCGUCUUCUGAUCGACCCGUUCUUGAGCAAUCCUCUGGUCCCUAAGAACUACAAUAUCGAUACGUUGGACGUGGAUUACAUUCUUGUCACCCACGGACAUAUGGAUCAUAUUGGAGACUCGAUUCCAAUUCUCAAGGCGCACCCGAACGCUGUGCUUAUUAGUAUUGUCGAGCUGUGUACCUAUCUCCAAAGCCAAGGAAUCAGUGGCAAGCGCUUCAUUGCCAUGAACAUGGGAGGAACGAUCACCUUGAAAGGCGGAGUGCAAGUGACGAUGGUUCAUGCGCUGCAUACUAGCGGAAUUACGGGUCCGGAUGGACGCAUUAUCUACGGAGGCGAGCCUACUGGUUUCGUAAUCCAUACUCCGGACAAUCAUCACAUUUACCACAGCGGAGACACCGCUGCGUUCAGCGACAUGAAGGUCAUUGACGAUCUCUACACUCCGGACGUUUCGCUGCUCUGUAUCGGCGAUUUCUACACGAUGGGACCGAAGGAAGCGGCCUAUGCUGUGGAUCACUUUUUGCUGCACAGCAAGACGGUGGUUCCGAUGCACUUCAAAUCGUUUGGAGCACUGACUGGAACGCCGGAGGCGUUGAAGAAGCUGAUCACGCGCAAGGAUUGCGAGGUGAAGGAAUUGACUCCGGGUGAACCCCUGGUGUUGUUUUUUGUUUGUUUGAGACGGAAAAGGGAGGAAGAAUAG